AUAAGCAGAAUACAAUAAUACAUAAAAACAACUACACUCAAUUAUUCAAGUAGUAUCGUGUGUAACAAAAUUGGGUAACUAUUGUCUCCACUAAUUUUUUAAUCAUACAAUUAUAAAAUGUCAAUUACCCGUGAAUCUUCUAUGGAUGAUGAGGAUUUUAGAAAUAUAACGGAGACUAAUUUCCAAAGAAUCCGAAGCAAAUCAGCAAAAAUUGGGUAUGCCGAUGGUGUAUCGGAUGGUAAAGAGGAAACAUUCCAAAAGGCCUUUAACAAAGGAUAUUCAGAUGGCUUACGUACUGGUUUUGAACUUGAGAAAUAUAGUGCAUUCUCUAAUAACUUAAAAACAUAUAAUGAUAAAUUGUGUUCUGAACAAACUUUCUUUAUAGACCUUGAAAAGAAAACUGCGGCAGAUAUAAAACAUACUCAUCUUGGUUAUUAAAAUGCAGAAAUUCUGAUUACAAUUUCCCAAUUUCCAAAUGGUUAUGUAAAUAAUUUUUUAAGACAAUGUACACAAAUCCUUCCAUUAACAACUAAUUUAUUAUGUUCGCAAAAUGUUGAUUAGUUAUUUUAUGUAUUUAGAAAUAAAUGGUUUUAUAAAUACAA